AUGCAGCUUCCGUUGCUUGGGCAGUUCGAUGCGACCUCCGUCUUGUUCUUAGCGAGGCUGCCAAUGAGCAUUGAGUGGCCUACACCGACUGACUGUGAGGCUGAUAUCGAGCGCCGCCUCUGUCUUACACAUCUCGGACUUUGGGAUGCCCUCAGCCGCAGUAACCUGCCACGGACUGUGAGCAUCCGAAUAUACAAAAAUUCUCCGACGCAUGCCUGCUUCGUCCGAUUCGACGGAUGA